GAGCGGACAUCAUGUGGCCACCACCGGCCCUGACGGACACGCCGCACACGGGGGACCCUAUAUAAGCGCCGCAGCUGUCAGGUGGAGGACUCUGGCUCCUCUGCGCUCGGGGAACGACUCGCCUUAGGGGAUUACAGCUCCAGAUAACUCGUAGACUCCAACUCGCACGAUGUCUAAUGCCUGGGGAUACGCGGCGAACAACGGACCCGACAAAUGGGCUGACAACUUCCCCGUUGCCAACGGACCCCGCCAGUCUCCCAUUGACAUCGUACCUGGUAAGGCACCGUUCGACGCGGGGCUGAAGCCGCUCAACCUGAAGUACGACCCCUCCACCUGCCUCGAUAUUCUCAACAACGGACAUUCCUUCCAAGUGACCUUCAUAGAUGACACCGACAGCUCAACUCUGAGAGACGGACCAAUCUCAGGGAUCUACAGGCUCAAGCAGUUUCAUUUCCACUGGGGCGCUUGUGACGACAGGGGCUCUGAACACACUGUGGCCGGGACCAAGUAUCCUGCUGAGCUCCAUCUGGUGCACUGGAACACCAAAUACGCAAGCUUUGGUGAAGCCGCUAGCAAGCCUGAUGGACUCGCUGUUGUUGGAGUCUUCCUGCAGAUCGGUGGUGAAAAUGCCAAUCUCCAGAAGGUCCUGGAUGCCUUUGGUGUCAUCAAGUCCAAAGGCAAGCAGACCACUUUCGCAAACUUCGACCCCGCUACUCUGCUCCCCGGUUGCCUGGACUACUGGACGUACGACGGCUCUCUGACCACACCCCCUCUGCUGGAGAGCGUUACCUGGAUUGUCUGCAAAGAGCCAAUCAGCGUCAGCCCUGAGCAGAUGGCCAAAUUCCGCAGCCUGCUCUUCUCUGCUGAGGGUGAGGCCGAGUGCUGCAUGGUGGACAACUACCGCCCUCCCCAGCCGCUCAAGGGUCGCCCUGUCCGUGCUUCCUUCCAGUAAUAACCACCUCCCCCUCAGUUGCCCUUCCUUGCCCUUUCCCUCCCCUCCCCCUCCCUUUAGUGAGACACCCAGAGUUACCUCUCUUGCAGUGAGCCACGAAGUACACAUAUCUCUCUCCGUCCGAUUUUAAAAGAAAUGAAAUUCCUCUGACCCGUUGCUUUCAGUGCUGGGCAGUCCAGACGUAGAUGGAGCACUUGCAGGAUUUGCAUCUCUCUUUCUAUGCGUGUAAUCAGCCAGCAAAGAUGCCCUGUCGUAAUUUAUUUUAUGAGACAAACACUUCACGGUGGAGGCGGCCAGGACUUUGCAUCCGGUGCCAAUGUUUUUAGAGACAUCAAACCAGCGUGUGUAGCCUUUUUUUCUCUGUGUGUCACACAACAAACACCACAAAGAUGAAAAAGAAAAGAUGAAUUAUCAUCAAAAUGGUGCUCUCCAGCCAGAAGACAGCAGAAAGCACAAGCUCAUUGCAGUAGUCAGGGGGAGGAUGAAACUACAUUGCCAUCUGUGAGGAGGAGUGCAAGGUGCAGAUAAACACACACUCACACACACACACACACACAAGACACAUACACUAUCACUGCCAGUCUUUCUGUAAUCUCUGACCGACUGCCAACCUCUGCAUCACAGCAGCUUAAUAAAACACUGCAGCCGCCUCCAUCACAACCAAUUGACUCAGAAAAUCCCCCUCUGGCACACACAACAUCGCAUGCAAAGUCUCGUGCAGACAUGAUGCCUAUAGGCACUGGCCUGCUUAUUGAUUCGAAUCCAGUGUACAGCAACAAAGGACACAAGGACAGACUGCUGCUGGUGCAAGCCACUGACCAUCACUACAACGGCUUAUUUCUCUGUUUUUACGGCCUAGUUUUCCAAUCUAAAAUGUGUUUGUCAUCCCGUGUUGUGUUUUUAUUACCAUUAAGGAUUAUGUCUUUUUUUUAACCUGACAUCUUAAGCAUAAUAUGUCCUUCAGUGAUUCCUGAAUUAUGUUUUGUAACCAAAAGCUCUUUGCAUUUUUGAUGCCCUGAUAAUAUAGCAAUAGAGAGGCAUGAUCCUCCAUCUCAAAAAUGAAAUGUACUGUGCAAAGAAAAUCCCUUCGUGUGUUUGUUUUCGAAACCUCAGUGUGUCGAGUGCUAAUGCUUAAAACGCACAGUCACCGUGUGGCCAAUGCCGUAGUGGCUAAUGCACAAAGCCAAGGAGGAAAUGUUCCUGCCAAGGCAGCUAAGGAAGAAGAGAACCUGCCAACAGAUAAGAUUAUUGUGUCAGCCUGGUGUCGGGCCCCGUAUAGGAGAAUAAUUAACUACAGACUAUGUGAACUCACCCUCAGCUUUGGGACCUCGGGUUUGGGCCCUGUAAGCAUUUCUGAAACAUUAAAGAAAACAAUGAUGUAUUUACGGAAAGAUUGUAAUUAGCAUUGAAAAAGAAAUUUUUAAAAAGCCUUAUGCCAAUCACUGAUAGGGCCAUCCCAGGAGUAUGUGUUGUUGUCAUUCUAUUUUGGAAG